GAACCAAAAGAGAGAGAAGAAGAAAAGAAUAAUCCAUGGAUUCUUCACCAGAACUCAAGAGGGUCAUGAUGAGCCUUGUGGCUGCCCUUGCCCUCUUCACCACCUUUGUCAUUCCACUUCCUGCUCAUGCUUCCCCUGCAGAAGCACAAGCCCUCCUCCAUUGGAAGUCCAGUCUUAGGAACCAUUCGGUUUCUUCCCUCUCUUCCUGGACUCCCUCUCCUCGUAAUGCCACCAGUUCCGGCUCAACGGCGAGUCCAUGCGCUUGGUAUGGCAUCUUCUGCAAUCGGGCUGGAAGCGUGAUCCGGGUUAAUCUCACCGGUGCCAAUGUCGAAGGUACGCUUGAUGAAUUCCCAUUCUCAUCUUUGUCUCAUCUAAUGUUCAUGGACCUGAGCAUAAAUAAUCUAUUCGGCCACAUUCCACCUCAAGUUGGUCUCCUUAGCAAUCUCACCUACCUCGACCUCUCUAUCAACCGGUUCUCCGGCAAAAUACCGCCAGAGAUCGGCUGUUUAACAAAACUAGAGGUCCUACACCUAGUUUCCAAUGAGUUAAAUGGCUCAAUUCCCCUAGAAAUCGGGCAGUUGCAUUUGCUCAAUGAGGUCGCGCUGUAUUCCAAUCAAUUGAAGGGAUCCAUACCUCCCUCAUUGGGUAAUUUGAGCAAAUUAUCUAUACUGUAUGUCUAUGACAACUACCUUUCUGGUUCUAUUCCUCCUGAAAUGGGAAAUAUGACAAAUUUGGAAGUACUCCACAUGGACACCAACAGCCUGAGAGGACCAAUUCCUUCCACUUUGGGGAACUUAAUCAAAUUGAGAGAGCUGCACUUAUUUGCCAAUAACCUUACCGGUUCUAUCCCCCUGAAGCUAGGGAAUUUGAACCUUCUUAGCUCGUUGAGCCUUUACCAUAAUAAUCUUACCGGUUCAAUUCCACGGACAUUUGGCAAUUUGACGGAGCUUGCCCUUCUCUAUCUCUAUGGUAACCAACUUUCGGGUCACAUUCCUGAUGAGAUAGGAAAUCUCCAUGCUAUGGGUGACUUGGAGCUGAGUAGAAAUCACUUCACUGGCCCAAUUCCUUCUUCUUUGGGCCAGUUGACAAACCUAUUAUAUUUGUUCCUCCGCGAGAAUCAGCUUUCUGGUUCAAUUCCUGGAUCCUUAGGGGAUCUGAAGAACUUGACGGUGCUAGAAUUGGAUGCCAACCAGUUAAUUGGCUCCUUACCAAAGAAAUUGUGCCGAGGUGGGUUGCUCCAAAACCUCACAGUGAGUGGCAACAACUUAACUGGUUCUAUCCCUAGAAGCUUAAGAAAUUGCACAAGCUUAGUCAGAGUACGCCUCGAGGAAAACCAGCUCACUGGAAACAUAUCCGAGACCUUCGGUGUCUUACCCAACUUGAACUUUAUCGACAUGAGUUUCAACAACUUCUAUGGAGAAAUCUCAACAAACUGGGGAAGUUGCAUGCGUUUAACUGAUCUAAGAAUUGCUGGAAAUAACAUCACUGGUAGCUUGCCUCCUGAGAUUGGAAAUGCGACUCAACUGCGUGCAAUUGAUCUUUCUUUCAAUGGUUUAGUUGGGGAGGUUCCAAAAGAGUUUGGAAAAUUGACUUCUUUGUUGAAUUUGAAUCUAAGAGGGAACCGAAUUUCUGGCAGUAUAAGUCCCGAGAUUGUAUCGCUAUCUGGCCUCCUAACAUUGGAUUUGUCCAGAAAUAAAUUAAGCAUGCCUAUCCCGCAGAGUAUUGAGCUUUCUUCAAACUUGUUCCUGUUGAAUUUGAGCAACAACCAGUUGAGCCAACAUAUUCCGGGGCAAAUAGGGAUGUUAACUCAUUUGUCCGAGCUAGACUUGAGUUAUAACUUGUUAAGCGGUGAGAUCCCAGCUGAAUUCAGCAAGCUGCAAAGCCUAGUGAAACUGGACCUUUCGCACAAUAAUCUUUCUGGCCUUAUAUACAAGACUUUCGAGGCUAUGCCAGGUUUGGAGAAGGUUGACAUCUCCCACAACGAAUUUGAGGGUCCAAUCCCCAACACCACGGCAUUCCAAGAUGCAGCAAAGGAAGCGUUACAAGGCAACAGUGGAUUGUGUGGAAAUGUUGUAGGGCUUGAGCCCUGUAAUCCAGCGGUGGUGGAUAGGAAAAACUCUCCGGUGGAACGCAGAGUGUUUGUUAUUGUCUUUCCUCUGCUAGGAGCAGUUCUACUGUUUAUUUUCUUUGGAAUAUUCUGCAUUUUCCGCAGAAAAAAGUUCCAUCCAACAGUGGAACAAGCACCUAAGACAACUGAAGUGUUUUCUCUAUCAAAGUACGAUGGAAAGAUUUUAUAUGAAGACAUCAUUGAAGCCACGGGGUAUUUUGAUGAGAUCUACUGUAUUGGAAGGGGAGGCUAUGGAAGUGUCUUCAAAGCCAAAUUAAGAUCAGGUGAUACAGUAGCUGUAAAGAAGCUCCAUCAAACGGCUGACAACGGGCAAACAGAUCAAAAGGAAUUUUUGAAUGAGAUUGGGGCAUUAACGGAAAUUCGACACCGCAAUAUUGUGAAACUUAAGGGCUUUUGUUCUCAUCCACAGCACUCAUUCUUGGUGUAUGAGUACUUGGACAGAGGAAGCUUGUCUACAAUCUUGAGCAAUGAAGAAGAAGCUGAAAGGUUGGACUGGAACAAGAGGGUGAACAUCGUAAAAGGCGUGGCUUAUGCUCUGUCUUAUAUGCACCAUGAUUGUAACCCUCCAAUCGUUCAUCGAGAUAUUUCAAGUAACAACAUUCUGCUUGAUUCGGAGUAUGAGGCCCAUGUUUCUGACUUCGGCACGGCUAAGCUUCUGAAGCUGGAUACAUCAAACUGGAGUGCUGUCGUCGGCACAUAUGGUUAUGUAGCACCAGAGCUUGCUUACACAAUGAAGGUGACGGAGAAAUGUGAUGUGUAUAGCUUUGGAGUAGUGGCCAUCGAGGUGAUCAAAGGAAGACAUCCGGGGGAUAGCAUUUCAUCUCUACUUGCUCCACUUGACAUGGAGAUCUCAGCUGUUUUGAGGAAUCUAUUGGAUUCACGCCUGCCAAUGCCCAUGCCAGGCGUUGAGGAUGAACUUCUGACCAUCUUCAAGCUAGCAGUCGAUUGCUUAUCUGCUAAUCCCCAACUCAGGCCGUCAAUGGAAACGAUUUCUCAGGAACUAUCAGCUUGUUCAACCACUUUCCAUGGCCUUCGAAAUUCAGAGACAGCCACUGAUCUUGUGAGAGACGCAACAUCUUCAAGCCGUUCACUGGACACAUCUGUAGGAUAUGUCGUCUGAUAAAUGGCGUCGCUCUGUCAACCACAUGCAAGAAGGUCUAAGAUCUUUAAUGACAACCAUAGUCGUCUAGACUAAUUAAUUAAGUCUUAAAAUACUUUUGACUGUCAGCAAAAGUUUGAGUGUUUAGCCCAUAUACGACUAGUGUCUUCGGAGUGUAAGUUAAGUAUCCACGUCAAGUC